UCUCCCACAAUACAUUAGUGCAAUCUGAUUUAUUAGGAGUCUCUUAUAUUAGAAAGGUCGAAAAAUGAAGAGUAGUACUAGUGCAGCUUUUCUAAUAAUUUCCCUUGUUGUUGUUGUUGUAAUUUCUCCUACUAUUAGGGUAGUAGAUUUGAGAUUUUGUUCAUUGGUGUUGGUUCCUAUUAUUGGUGUUGGGAUAUUUUAUAGUCUGUGGCUAAAGUCAGCUGAGAGACUUCGAUGGAAACUUAAGAAACAAGGCAUAUAUGGUCCUAAACCAUCAUUUUUAUAUGGAGGAAAUGUUGCUGAAAUGCAAAAGAUUCAAGCUGCUGCAUCUCCCAACAAUGUGUAUGCUGAAUUUGUAGCUCAUGAUUAUACUUCUUCACUCUUUCCCUACUUUGAACAAUGGCGAAAACUAUACGAUUCAAAAAAGAAAAUUAAGAAAGGAAAAAGAAGAGAAAAGAAAAAAAAGAGAAGCAGGAGAGAGAGUAUAAAAUCCAAAGCUUUAGAGAUAUUGAUUUCAUCAUAUGCAGUUAUGCACCAAGGUCCUGUAUUUACAUAUUCAACUGGAAACAAACAACAUUUGUAUGUGAACCAGCCUGAGCUAGUUAAGGAAAUGAACCAAAGUAUUAGUCUGGAUUUAGGAAAACCUUCUUAUGUCACUAAGAGACUUGCCCCUAUGCUUGGAAAUGGUAUUUUGAGGUCUAAUGGCCAUAUUUGGGCCAUGCAAAGGAAAAUCGUAGCGCCCAAAUUCUUCAUGGACAAGGUCAAGGGCAUGGUGAGCCUAAUGUUGCAGUCAUCAGAGUUAUUGACGAGGAAAUGGGAUGAAAGGAUUGAAGCGGAAGCGGGCAAAAUGGCAGAGAUUAGUGUGGGAGAGGAUCUGAGAAGCCUAUCAGCAGAUGUGAUCUCAAGGGCUUGCUUUGGGAGCUCUUAUUUCAAAGGCAAAAAGAUUUUCUCAAAGCUUCGAACCCUUCAAAAAGUCAUAUCAAACACAAGCAUUCUUUUUGGUUCUCCCGCAUUAGGGUUUCUUCCGAGUAGGCAGCAAAAGGAGAUUGAGAACUUAGAGAAGGAGAUAGAGUCGUUGAUAUGGGAAGCAGUGAAAGAACGAGAAAGGGAAUGCUUAGAAGCACCCUCAAAUGAGAAGGACUUGUUACAUUCGAUACUCGAGGGAGCCAUCAAUGAUGACAAUGUAGGCGCGAAUUCGUCUAGGAAAUUCAUAGUUGACAAUUGCAAGAACAUAUACUUUGCAGGUCAUGAAUCCACUGCUGUUGCUGCAUCAUGGUGCCUCAUGCUUCUGGCUCUACAUCCAGAAUGGCAAUCUCGUAUCCGCGAGGAAAUGACUCAGAUUUUCCCUGAUGGUGUCCUAGAUGCCGAGUCUGUCUCCAAGAUGAAAAUGGUGACAAUGGUCAUUCAAGAAGUGAUGCGUUUGUAUCCACCAGCAGCAUUUGUGUCAAGGGAGGCACUGGAAGAUACACAGAUUGGUCACAUUGUUGUGCCAAAAGGUGUAUGCUUGUGGACCUUGAUCCCAACACUGCAUCGCGACCCUGAGAUAUGGGGACGAGAUGCCAAUGAAUUCAAUCCAGAGAGGUUUGAAAAUGGAGUUUCGGGUGCUUGCAAACUGCCACAAGUUUAUAUCCCAUUUGGACUAGGUCCUCGUCUCUGCCUAGGCAGGAAUUUCGCGAUGGUGCAGCUCAAGGUUGUUAUUUCACUUAUUAUUUCCAAGUUUCGUUUCUCUCUGUCUCCCAAAUACAGACACUCGCCGGCUUAUAGGAUGAUUGUAGAACCAGGCCAAGGAGUACACAUUCUUGUUGAGAGAUUGAAUCAACGUUGACACACUGGAUAUAAUAUGCUUCAGCAUCAACAGACACUUCGUUCUUUUCAGCUUGUGUUGAAAAUGUAAAUGUCGAUACAUAAAUAAAUACAUAGAUAUGUUUUACUUAGAUGUGUAAUAUUAGUAGAGACUAGUGCAUCGAGCCCCAUGACUUUCUUUGUUUUAGGAUUUUAGCCCAUCCUUUACUAGUUAUGUUUCUCCCCUUUUACUCACACAAAAAUGGGGUUAUUUGCACCGUUGUCCCUAUUUUGUGUUGGUCUUUUAACUUUUUGUUUGAAAAUAUGGAGCAAGAACAAUGGAAUUGUGUGUC